UACUCCCUUGGACUUUCAUACGCCUCUAAAGAUUCUCCUCCAUUUAUCCAUCCCCAAGCUGGACCGAAAAAGGCAGGAUUCGCAGGACAGAACAAUAAGAUAGGAAGAUGGGUAGAGGAAAUGUUAUCGUUACGUGCGGGAAGAGGAGAGUUGGAGGUUGGUGAAGGUGGUUGGGGUGAGGGUAAUGGUGAAGAGAGUAAGAAAUGGGGUGCUGGGGAAGAUUUCUUUACUAUUGUUGAAGGGAGUGGGAAUACCCAUUUGGCAGUAGCAGAUGGUGUAGGUGGUUGGGCACCUCAAUAUGAUCCUUCACUUUUUUCCCAAUCACUCCUAUAUCACUACACUUUGUCUUCUCGUUCUUCUCCUUCCUCUUCCCCCUCAUCUCAUCUCACAUCAGCUUAUCAAGCCGUCCUCUCCGAUCCCUUAGUUCAAGCAGGUUCAUCAACAGCCGUCACCAUCUCCCUCUCCCCUACAGGUUUUUUAUCAGGUUUGAAUCUAGGAGAUUCAGGAUGUACGAUCCUUCGUUCUUCAAAACCUUUACAUACAACAAUACCACAAACACACGCAUUUAACACUCCAUAUCAAUUAUCGAAAUUCCCUCCUAAACCAAAACUCUCAUCAUCAGAAAGAUCAUCCAUCAUAGAACAACUUCGAGCAUUGAAAAAAGGGGAAAUGAUCUCACCUGAAUUAGAAGAAAAAGCUCAAGGUUUAAUGCCAGAUCCAAUCAGUACGAAACCGAAUGAAGGGGAUGAAUUCAAAUCGGAUUUACAACCGGGAGAUACAGUGUUGAUUUAUACGGAUGGAAUGAGUGAUAAUCUUCCUUUUGAACAUUUACCAUUAUUGGAACAAGUUGUAGAGAGGGUAUUGGAUCAACCGGUUAAUGCACAUUUGACACCGGGAGAAAGGGCUAGUGAGAAAGCAAGAAUUUUGGCAGAUGUUUUGGUCGGUUAUGCUAGAGGAGGUAUGAUGAGGACGGGACUGGAAGAAGGAUGGAAGACACCUUUCGAGUUGGAAGCUAAGAAAUAUAGUAAGAGGUUUUUAGGGGGGAAAGUUGAUGAUAUCACCGUCCUCACGGCUGUUGUCACGGAA